AUGCAUCUCCCGUCUCUCGGUUCAGUCGCCCUGCUUGCAGGUGGCGCUGCUGCUCACGGUGCCGUGACGAGCUAUGUCAUUGCCGGCCAGAACUACCCUGGAUACCAAGGAUUCUCCCCGUCCAACUCGCCGAACGUCAUCCAGCGCCAGUGGUCCGACUACAACCCCGUCACCAGCUGCAGCGACGCUAAGCUCCGCUGCAACGGCGGGACCUCGGCCACGCUGAGCGCCACGGCUGCGCCCGGCGAUACCAUCACCGCUAUCUGGCAGCAGUGGACGCACAGCCAAGGGCCCGUCAUCGUCUGGAUGUACAAGUGCGCUGGCUCCUUCAGCUCCUGCGACGGCUCCGGUUCCGGCUGGUUCAAGAUCGACGAGGGUGGCUUCCACGGCGACGGCACCAAGGUCUUCCUUGACACCGAGGUCCCGUCCGGCUGGGACAUCGCCAAGCUCGUCGGCGGCAACAAGUCGUGGAGCAGCAAGGUCCCGCAGAACCUCGCCCCUGGCAACUACCUCGUCCGCCACGAGUUGAUCGCCCUGCACCAGGCCAACAGCCCGCAGUUCUACCCCGAGUGCGCCCAGGUUGUCAUCACUGGGUCCGGCUCAGCCCAGCCCGGGUCAUCGUACAAGGCCGCCAUCCCCGGCUACUGCAGCCAGAACGAUGCCAACAUCAGGGUGAGUGGUUCUUCCGAGGACGAGAACAGAGACCGAGGAGUUCACGUGCUGACUGUUACCCAGGUCCCCAUCAACGACCACUCCAUCCCGCAGACCUACAAGGUCCCCGGCCCGCCCGUCUGGACUGGCGCUUAA